AGAUUGUCUGCGAACGAUCGUUCAAUCAAUCAAUCAAGGGGGAGAGAGAGAGAGAGAGAGAGAGAGAGAGAGAGAGAGAGAGAGAGAGAGAGAGAGAGAGAGAGAGAAGUGGGGUGGAAGAGGGUGGGUGGAAAUGGAAUUGGGCCAGCUGGGAGAUGAUGUUUUGCGAAACAUCCUGACGAAGCUGCCAUUUAUCGAUCGAAUCUUCACUGCACCAUUGGUAUGUCGUCAAUGGUUAAGGGUGGCUCGACAGCCAGAAUGCUUUCGAGAGAUCGACACGAGAGAGUGGGCGGAGGAGCAGGGGCUUAUCCUGCACGAUAAACGGCGGAGCAAACCUAUCAUUCUCGGUGGUUGGCUGAUUCCGGGUCGUGUAGAUGCAAUGCUGAAGAAGUUAGGCGAGUUAAGCAGAGGUCACAUAGAGACGCUGAUCUUGCAAUACUGUACGACGAAGGGGAUGAUGGCUGUCUGCGCCGGGCAAACUAAACUCGCACGUUUAGAGCUGUGGUCUGUGUUGGGCAGCGUCGAUCGGCGCAUCAAUCAACUUAUGAAAAACUGUCCGCAAAUUAAGCAGUUAACGAUCCACAACAUGACCUCCCCAGAGUCUUUUCGACUUUUCACAGUCUGCCCUCCUCCUCCGCUUAACGUUCUUCCCGAUUGGUUUGAUCAUUCUCUCAUCGUGGACGCCGGCUAUGGCGAAGUGGCAAGUGAGAUCGAGGAGUUCGUCAACGAUGUCUAUCCUUCCUUCAUGCUGCCGCCCACUCUCCUGCUUUAUCAUCCUCCUAUUGCUCCGCCUAUUCCAAUCCCUAUUCCACCUCCUCUGUUCAAUCUUAGCGAAGAAGAAGAAGAAGAAGAAGAAGAAGAAGAAGAAGAAGAAGAAGUCGCUGCAACGAGCGAUGGAGGACAAGAAGGAGAUGCUGGAGUGGAAAGACAAGAGCCGCGGGUGAUCUUGUUGAGGGACGGUGAUGGUGAUGGUGAAGGCGAAGGUGAGGAUGAUGAUGACGGUGAUGGCGGCGAUCGCGCCACGAGAAGCGUUGCCGCGGUGGCUAUGGCGGCUGCGACCCUUGAUGACGACGAAGGCGGCGAUAUAGGACGCGCGGGCGAUGUCGGGAACGACGCAGUGGUGGAGAAUGACGAACUGGAAGUGUUGAGUUCGUUGGUAAGAAAUGAUAUUCAGGAUGAGGAUGGGGAUGGUGGAGAUCGAGGAGCGGCAGUGGAAGGCGUCGGUGAUGUCCACGUGGAGGGCGAACAAGGACAGGAGAGCGGCCGCGAUCUACAGAUGGAGAGUGGUCAUGGAGAGGAGCGGCAGGCGCAGCGGCUGGAUGAUGGUUCUGGUGUUGCUGUUGAUUGUGGUGGUGCUGCUGAUGCUGAUGGUGGUGGUGAUAAUGAUGGUAGUGAUGAUGAUGAAGAGGAGGAGGAGGAGUCUGGUGAUCUAGCGAUGGAGGGAGGCCGUGCGGAGGAGCAGCAGGUGCAGCAGUGGGAUGAUGGUGGAGGUGGUGGUGGUGGUGGUGAUGAUGAUGAUGAUGAUGAUGAUGAUACUGAUGAUGAUGAUGACGAGGAAGAAGAAGUGGAGGAGGAGGAGGAGGAGGAGGAGGAGGAGGAGGGGGAGGGGGAGGAGAGUAGCGAGAGUUCUUCCUCUAGCAAUGACGAAGAGGAGGCUGGUGAUGACUUCUUCUUGAAUCAUCAUACUCUUUGCAGCUUGUCCCUUCUGAUUAUCGCCCGGCGUUGUCUGAACUUGACGAGACUCCAUCUCACCGGCGGCUCUGGCUGUUUCACUGAGCGCUCGUUGACUGCCUUAGUCAAUGGGUGCCCCGGAUUGACCGAUCUCUCCCUAACCAUAACCAGUCCGUACUUGAACCUGAUAGUAGGUUUCGAAGACGAUUCCUCGGCGAUCCGAGUCCUCUCUGGAUGUCAUCAACUAACAAAUCUGUCCCUCUCUGGGUUCUCUUUUCGUGCGUUCGACUCGUUGUCAGACGGCUGCCCUUUGCUAUCUUCUCUCGCUGUGAGGUCGGGCGCCUUGUUGUUGCAAGACGGUCAAGUGCGACUCGAUUCGUCCGUCCGCUCCUUCACUAUUCAACACGCAACCUUGACUGCUCUCUGCGUCGUCGACAGCAUAGACUUCAGGGACUCGCAGCUCAAGCUGGCAGUGGAGGUGUGCGUCGGGUUGAGGGAGAUCGACGUGAGCGGGACCGGCGUUUCCGACGACGGGAUCUUGGCGGCCAUGGAUUCGUGCUCUGACCUCUGCAGGCUCGCCGCAUCUCGCUGCCGACGUGUCACCGAUCGCUCCGUAGAAGUUGUCGCUGCCAAGGGUGGGUGGAAGCUGCGCGAGCUCUGUCUCGAUGAGACCGGCGUCACCGAGAUCGCGACUUCUUAUCUCUCCCGCGGCACUUGCACAGGUCUCGUCAAGCUCUUGCUCUACGGAUCUGUCGUCGGAUUCACCGUCCGGCCGCCUUCCUUGACAUCGCUGGCCGAUCUCGAGGUGCUUCUUGUCCGCCAUCGCCAUCUUAGGGAGGUGGGUUUGCGGGUCUUUGAUCCCUUCGUUGUCGCGGAGCAGGCGGAGCGCAUGGAACUGAUGUGGGGUCAAGCCGUCCUGUCGCGCAAACUGAAGUUGUUGAAGCUGUCUCGCGAGCUGUACACUGCUAUGCUCAGCGGUGACGAGUCUAGUAAUCAGUGCGUCAUGGAGAGAUUACGAAGCAAAGGGAAUUUCUAUCACGAUUGGGAGCCCCGACUGCCGCCUUGGCAGUGCUGCGGUCCUUUCCUUCGCUGUCUGUCUCGCCUUGGUCGGUCUCUUCGCAGUCUGCACCUCGUUUCCGACCCUAGAGCGCUGUUCGGCGACUUCGAGGAAGAGUUCCUUGCGUUCCUCAGCGCGUGCCCCGAUCUCGUAUCCCUCCGAUUGAUCGGCUUCGCGCAGGUGAGCGACACCAUCGUGUACAAGAUGGGCGACAUGUGUCCCUUGCUUGAACACGUGGCCGUCGCGGGUUCUCAACGACUCUUCUCCAAGGGCGUCGAUCAGCUCGUCGGCAACAGCGAUCGACUCAAGUCUUUCGAGUACUGCCCUGAUUACUACAGGGGCGGUCUCUUGGACGAAGCCUCGGAACGGAUCAUGUACAUGAGGCGAGGGUAGCCAAUCUUUCUUGCGGCUUUAGGGCCCUACGUAGUUGUUGCACCACUCGCAGUCCGCCAACAUCUGACUGCAUUUGGACGUCAUUUCGUCCGGAUGCGUUCAAAAUCUUGCCGGAUGGCCAGCGGUGGUACCGCCCCUUCAGUGUUGAAAUAUACCUACCGGCAGGGGAUCGAUAAGUGGCUGAGCUGGCCGGGAGAACAAAGGGCAGGAGAACGA